GAGUAAAUCGGGUUUCUUUUCUAAAUCAUCUGUGGUAUAAAUCUAUUUCUAAUGAUGAAGAGGUAAACAAAAAUAGUAAACAUAUUUAGUAUCGGUGUUUUCAAAGAAAGGAAUGGGUAUUUCGGGGAGUGGAGUAAAAGUCGGUAUAGUCGAUAUAAUUCGACCUGCGCGCUACCAUUAAGCUGAAACCUCCUGGAAAGGAUGCACGGGCCGGAAUAAGCGACGAGGAGCAGUUUAUGAAUAUAUAUCUAUUUAUUGUGCCUUUCGACACGUGUCCGUGCGUCCGUUAAUUGCAGAUACAAUAUUUAUAAAAUACAGAGCAUUGCACACGGAACGCAUUCCAGCUCCGCACACGCCGACCAACUGUAGACGAACGGAAAGACGGAGGACAAGUCCAAAAACUAUCGAAGACUCAACACGAGCGUUCUGCGCCACGGCUUUAGUUGCGCGUUUGGAGCCGUUUGCUGGAGACGACGAUGGAAAUCGCGAGGAUCGAUAUCACCAUUUCCGAGGAUGACAUUUUCAAUGGGGCCCGGCAAAUUUUGAACGUCAUCCGACCCACGUGGAGGCCGGAACAAAUCAAGUACAAGAUGUUAACAGAUGGGAUCACGAAUAAACUGGUGAAAUGCAGCUUGUCGGAUACUUCGGAUGCGGUUCUGGUGAGGGUUUACGGGAACAAAACGGAUCUUCUGAUAGACAGGACGGCGGAGACAAGAAAUAUUGUGAUGUUGAAUAAGGUCGGGCUCGCGCCGAACCUCUAUGCGACCUUCAACAACGGUCUUGCCUAUGAAUUCGUGCCGGGAUGCACCCUCUGCGACGAAUCCGUUAUAAAACCUGAAAUAUACCCUUUGGUGGCAAGGAAGAUGGGCAGGUUGCAUAGGGUGGAAUUUGAGGAUAGCAGGGACACCGAACCGAUGCUCUGGAGAAAGCUGGACGACUUUCUGAAGUUGGUACCCGAGCGGUUCUCGGAUGCGGCGAAGCACGAAAAGUAUCUGCAGACUGUUUUACCCAAGGAUGAGAUUCGAAAUGAGAUUGAGUUUCUGAAGGAGAGGCUGCUGCAGCUCCAAAGUCCGAUAGUGUUUACGCACAAUGACCUCCUUCUGGGCAACGUCGUAUACACGGCCUCCAACGAAUCCGUCACCUUCAUAGAUUUCGAGUACGCUGCAUUUAAUUAUCAGGCCUUCGACAUUGGAAACCACUUCUCGGAAUUCGUCGGCUUGGACAGCAUCGAUUACGCAAAAUAUCCUGGCAAGGAAUUUCAGUACGCGUGGCUCAAAGAGUACCUGACAGUCUUCAAAAAAGGCGAAGUGAGCGACGAAGACGUGGAAAGGCUUUACGUCCAGGUGAAUCAGUUUGCGCUCGCUUCGCACGUUUUCUGGGGAGUUUGGGCCCUCAUCCAAGCCGAGCAUUCCUACAUAGAUUUCGAUUUCAUGGGUUACGCCGCCAUCAGAUUUAACGAGUACUUCUCUAGGAAAGAACAGUUCCUAUCCCUCGAGAUGCCCAGAUGAUAUUAAACCUAUGUUUGUACCUGAGCAGAAGCUAAUUUUAAACGAUGAUUUAUUUUUUACUAUUAA